CUGUCGCGUGUUUUCUCGGAAGGGAAGGGAUGUUGGGUAGGAAGAUAAGAUCAUUUGCCCGGUAGGAAAAUCGCAGGUGUUAUAUACACUCUUUUGGUUAGUUUCCUGUCAUUUCUGCGUUGAUCUGCAAACCCGGAAGGCAGAGAGGAUCCCCACAUCUCAGAUUGACAAGAUAAAAAGGCAGAAUCACUUGUGCAAGAAGCAAUCUCCCUCUCUCUCCAGCGAAUACAGAAGAGAGAGAGAGAGAGAGAGAGAGAGAAGUCAAGGCUCUGGUUGGGAUACUGCUGCACUGUAUGUCCUUCUUCGCCAUAGCCAUCCAUUCACUUUAAAAAGCGCCAUCAUUGCAUGGCCUCUCUGUCCCUGACCCAAUUCAUCUCUCUCUGUCACGCUUUGUUCUUGAAGAGUCCUCCCCAUUCGGCCUCCUCGUAGUCGUCAUCAUUUGAGAAAUUUGAGGGGGGAGGUGGGGUGAACAGAAUGAUGAGGCCAAUAAUGAUGAUUCGGUACUGUUUGCUCGUGGCCGCUCUGCAGAUGGCGGGUAUGGCGUCCAUGACAGGCAUGCCCUUCUCGUCAGUCGUCGCUGCUCACAAGCAAGAGGCAAGGCCGCAUCUUUCGCGGGCCACGUUGAACAUCAAGCAGGGAGCUAGCGUGGAGAAGAAGGUGGGAGAGAUCGGGGACGAGAGGUGCACGGGGAUGAGCAGGCUCGGGUCGAGGCCGCCCAACUGCCAGCGCAAGUGCAGAGGUUGCGAGCCGUGCGAGCCCAUCCAGAUCCCGGCGACCACCGACCGACCGAGCGUCCAGUACACCAACUACGAGCCCGAGGGUUGGAAGUGCAAGUGCGGCUCUUCCUUCUUCGACCCAUGAAUGCUCUCUCGCUCUCUAUACUUCCGCCUGCGUCGCUAGCGUCCGCGUCAAACCCUCCCAAGUCUCCGGCAGUUCACAACACGGCCCUUCCAGUUCCAAGAGGACUUUUGUUUGGAAUGAAGAAGAA